AUGUUGAUUGUGGGAGACGGUGAUGGUGAUGGUGAUGAUCGUGGUGGUCAUGACGAUGGUGUUCAUGAUACUGAUGGCUAUGAUACUGUUGAAUGUGUGCAUCUGAAAUCAUGGAUAAGGUAACA